ACAACUUAACAAGUCAUUUAUUUUUGCGAGUUGCAUGUGACUAGACGUGCAUAGAAGCUUAAAAUGAGAUUAUUGUUAGUGUUGUGUUUUAUCAUUUUUUUUAAAUAUGGUGCAGGCCAGUUCCAAGUUCCAGAUGCGCUGGUUGAAGUUUUCCAACCUCGAGGUUUUCGAGUAUCAAUACCCGACCAGGAAGGCAUCAAACUAUUUGCUUUCCAUGGCAAAAUCAACGAAGAAAUGAACGGUAGAGAAGCAGGAACAUUUUCAAGGGACAUAACAAAGGCAAAAAAUGGGCGAUGGACUUUUGACGAUCCAAAUACUGAACUGAAAGUCGGUGAUGUCUUGUACUACUGGACCUAUGUAGAUUACUUUGAUGGUAGACAUAGACGCGGAUACCCGAAUGACGACCAAGAAUUUGUUGUAGAAGAACGACUCGAAAAAGACACACCCAGGCGUAAAAUAACUACGCCAGCACCAGAAGAAGUUACAGACUCAUCAGGAUGUAAAUCGAGUGUUACAAGAUCGAGCGAACAGGCAACCUGUAGCGGAAAACUCAUAUUCCACGACGAUUUCAACAGCUUCGAUAAUAACUUGUGGAGUCCCGAAAAUAAAUUCGCAGGAAGUCCGGACUACGAGUUUGUAUUGUAUACCAGUAGACGUGAAAAUCUAGAAGUAAAUGACGGUCAUUUAAAAAUCCGUCCUGUUCUGUCUGAAGAUUUAUUUGGCAAAGGUUUCGUCUACCGGGAAAAAGAUUUGGGGGCAAAUUGUACAGGUGUUCCCGGCUCUCAAGACUGUUCUCAACGGGCUAAUAUUUACCUGAUCCUUCCUCCAGUAGCGUCAGCCCAAAUAUCCACCAAAAAUAAAUUCUCUUUUAAAUUUGGCAAAAUAGAAAUUCGGGCCAAGUUACCAAAAGGGGAUUGGAUCUAUCCCGAGUUGUAUCUGAAUCCAUUGAAUGAACCAUACGGUCCUGACUAUGCUUCUGGACAAAUACGAAUCGCAUUCUUGCCUGGGAACGAACAUUUGAAUAAAAAUUUACAAGGGGGUUGUAUUUUAGGGAGUAGUCAAGCCGGGAGGAACUACGGGAUGAAGACUAUUAAGACCGACACCGGGACCUGGGGCGAUGACUUUCACGUAUUUACACUUAUCUGGAAGCCAGACCAAAUAACCGUUAGCGUUGAUGAUAGAGUGUAUGGAAAUAUUUAUGCACCACCAAGAGGGUUUGUCAGUCAAUUCCGCAAUUUAGAAUUAGGUGACGUCGAGCGGUGGCGUUCAGGAACACCAUUCGCACCCUUUGACAAAGAAAUGUACGUGACUCUUGGAGUUGGUGUUGGUGGUCACACUUUCGAAGAUCGAAGUGAUGGUAGGAAACCAUGGCGGAACAACGAUGCAAAGGGACAGAAGAAGUUCUAUAAAGCUCGGUCGCACUGGCGAUCGACCUGGACAGAUGCUAGUGGUUUAGAUGUUGAUUAUAUUAAAAUUUGGGCUCUUUGAUAAAUGUAUAUCAAUCUGUACAACGUUAAAAAACUAUGCUAAUUGCUAAUAAAUUAUCUUCAACGACUUAAAAGAUGCUACCUUAAAGCA